AUGGCUGAUGAUCACUCAACUGAAUUACAGUUAAAUCAUACAGAUAACAACACAACCAAUACAAAUAAUACCUCCACAACCUCAACAACAAAAAACAAAAGUGCAAAAAUCGACACACCUAAAAAACAAACCCCAACAAACCAACUCUCACUUAACAAAGGACUUGAUAAUCAAUUAGAUAUCAUUGCACCUCCAUCGUUACUUCGCACCAACAAUCAAUACAACUAUUAUGGAAAUACACAUACGACCAACUUUUUGUCAAAAUUCAAAAAUUAA